GUGCAGCGUUUGGUGGUGUGGCAGCUGAUCUACACUCUCGGUCAGCACUUGUCACCACAUCGGCUGCCUUAUGUCCUCGAGCCGGAUAUCACAACAGCAGCAGACUUUGGAAUUGAAGUGAACACCUAUGUGGAGUCUGAGUGUCUCUUCUCGCCUCUCCUUCCCAUUCCCACCUUUCCCAUCCUCCUUGGCGAUCUCGAUGCCGCUGAACAACCCGCUCUCUUCCUGGUGGUGCAGGGUAAAGAUAGAGUUUACCUGUGGCACGGUUGGUGGCCCGAGAACUGCAAUAGAGGUGCAUUAUCGGGCAAUUCCUCACCGUUAUCUGCUCUGCCAUCACCCUCCUCUUCGGCAGCCGUUUCUCCUUCUACUAUCGCUACCACCAGCGAAGAUGGCGUACGGACGCGCUGGAACGGUAGUCCUGAUUCCUACCACCAUUUUACAUCCAAUGCAUCAUCGCUAAGACCUCUCAGCCUUCCACUUGAGGAUACGGAUGGUCAUGCCUUCUCCUCCACCACUACCACCGCCGCCACCACACCGUCUCUCACACCUCCUUCGCCCCUCUCGCCUGGAGUGUCCAGUCUCUUGCAUCGAUUUGUCACCGCCAGGCUGGCUGCUCUUCGAAGUGCCCAAGCCCUAGCUCAACGGAUUGGUCCUACAACACAGGCCGUGGCAGUAUACGCUGGAAUCGAGCCGGAUGAGUUUUUGCAUUUAUUCCCACCAUCUUCACGUCCUGAGGAGGCUGCAGCUUACCAUCUCAGCAACGGCAAAUCCGUUGGCCAAGCAGACCAAGUGGACGAGCUUUUGAAUCAGCUGGAGAAUAUGAAAUUCAGUUUGAAGGAGUUGCAACAGUGUCCACGGCCACCGGAUGUGGAUAUAAUGCGUCUGGAGAUUUAUCUGACUGACGAAGACUUCGAACUCUGCCAAAUGGCUCUUGGAAAGGUCGAAUCUAUUGUCUUGGGCUCAAUAUUUGAGGCAACAGCGGAGGAACUCGGAGUUCUAUUGUCAUCAAUGAGAUGUGAAGAAGAACCAGAAGAGAUUGAACGCAAGAAGGCAGAGGAAAAUGAUGACACAUCAAAAAUUUUACGUCGAGCUGCCAAGAUUCUCGAAAAUUUUGGAAUAAUAGAAAAGCCCCAGACAAGCGUCCAAAAGGUGAAAUAUAACUGGCCCAACAACAGGGAGAAGGAUGCCGAUGACUACCUCUACAACGAAAAAGUGGAGAAGCUAAUGUAA